GUCUGUAAGCUGUGAUGUGAUCCAGUGUUCUCCGAAGGUGGGGGCUGCUGCUGCCACCGCGAGCAGCAAGAAUUCCAAGAAUUCAUCAGAGGUCGCGACGCUGCAGAAAGGUCAAAUCCUUAACAAAUGUCAAAUAAGUGAUCACCCUAAUUUUUUAUGUGAUUUGUUUCAGAUAGAAGGCCGAUAUUUUCUUGAUUCCUAUCUCCAAGAUGAACUUAUCGGACCAAUCAGGGGUUUACUUGACACAGGAUCACAAGCCACUAUAUUGUCAUAUGGUUACUUCAAACAGGUAUUAGAGGUGACAGCAAAGAAGCCGAAACUGAAGUCGUUUGAUGGCUCUUUGAUAAGUGUCGUCAGAGACACUUUGCAGCUCACCAAUACAUAGAGAAUCUACGUAAGCACCUUCAGCAUGCUUUUGCAUUUGCCCAGAAGAAUCUGGAGAAAGCAGCCGUGAGCGCCAAAACCUACUAUGAUCUGAAGACUACUCAAAAGGAGUACCAACUUUCCGAUCAGGUUUAUCUCUAUAACUUCGCCCGGGAUUAGGUGAAGGAAAGGAAGUUCCUGCCUUCCUGGAAGGGACCCUAUGUCGUCACUGACAAAUUGUCACCUGUGGUCUACAAGAUCAAAAUUCCUAAGGGGGAUGAAUUUAUAGAGAAAUGGGUGCACAUUAAUCAAUUACGUGUUUGUCAUCCUAGGUCACAACUUCGCCAAAUGGAAGGAUUGCCGGAUGAUGAAGAGUAAAGAGAUAACAAGGUUCCAGCUAAAGACGGAAACCCAGGAUUGGUGUAAAAUGGCACAGAGGGUUGUUGCCGUUAUCUGCAUCGUCCUGAUCUUGGGGAAGGAGUUCCAGGCCGAGCUGAUUGCUGUACCAGGCCCUUCAUCUGGGAUCAUGCUACAGGAUACCACGGGAUUCAUCUUGACGAAUAAGAGGAUUCUAUCUCAAAAGAUCUACGUCAGUUUGGACCCACGUGUCUUCGUCGAGAGACAGUUCAACAUUUCUGAGAUUUCGUCUCCGGAGAUAAAGAGUUGGUAUCAAAUGCACAUCGGCUAUUCCCAAGAAAGAAUUACACAGAUCCUGGAACAGACAAGGAAAACCAUGACCAGAGAACAGUUUUCAACAAGUCGACGACCAAAGCGGUUCAUUUCUGCAAUUACAGCCGCCAUAAUCUUUGCCGUAGUGGGCACUGUCAUUGCCACCGGUGUAUCAGCUGUUAAUUCCAUCUCCAUUAAGACAUUGGAACUUGAGAUCGGUUCACUGAAAAGGAACCUAAUGAGUAUUCAUGCAGAGAUGGAGGAUCAGAAAAAAAAACAUUUAUCGGACUUAUAUUCCGUUGCAGAGGAUACUGUCGUUACCGCCGACUUACACUCAAAGUUAUUGGCUCAUUCAAUAGUUCUUCAUGAGAGUCACGAACAGUUUAAACAAGAACUAAUGUCUCUGAAGACUCUGAAUGAAAAGCCCUUUGUGACAUUCCAAUAUAACCCAACUUCUCUAUUGGAUUACAUUGUAAUGAAGGGGGAUUUUGUUGUGCUUUUUCAGAAGUUUAAACAGUUAUAUUUACUUAUUUUAGUUAUAAUGGGUAUUCAUUGCCUUUAAGAGCAAUGUUGAUUUAUAUUCACUGUUUUGUAUGA